AUGGCUCUACUCACCCACCUAUUAGUCUGCAUCUUUGGCUCUGGCUCCUGGGUGGCCAUCAAUGGGCUAUGGGUAGAGUUGCCUCACCUGGUACCAAACCUACCCGAGGGCUGGAAGCUAGCCUCCUACAUAACAGCCAUCAUCCAGCUAGCCAACGUGGGCCCCCUCUUCAUCACCCUGCUGCACCGAUUCCGGCCUGGCAGCCUCUCCGAGAUCCCUGUCAUCUUUGUUCUGCUGACUAUGGGCACGGCUGCCUGCCUCCUCUUAGCUUUCCUGUGGGAGAAGACUUCCGUGGUGGCCGGUGUUAACCAUGGCACAGCUUUCCUGGUCCUCACCUUCUUCCUGGCCCUGGUGGACUGCACCUCCUCUGUCACUUUCCUGCCCUUCAUGGCUCGCCUGCCAGCCCCAUACCUUAAUACCCUUUUUGUUGGGGAAGGGCUGAGUGGUCUCCUUCCUGCUCUGGUGGCUCUGAUCCAGGGCUCAGGGACCAAAAUUUGUGCCCGUGUCACCAAUAGUUCCACAACCACUGAGCCACGUAUCAUCACUAACGUAUCCUUCAUCUCUGGGGUGCUGAACACGACCAUGACCCCUGACCUCAUUGCCAAAACAACUCAGCCAGAGAAUUGUCACAUUUCCGCCAAUUUCUCCCCCUUUGUCUACUUUAUCCUGUUAGCAGUCAUGAUGGCCAACUGCCUAACCGCCUUUUUUGGCCUGACACGUCUCUCCAAGCGAUGGGAGCUCCCUACUGACAACUGCCUGGCCAACCAGGUGACUCUGAGAUCCAUCAAGUUCCAAGAAACCCUAGCUGACAGCAGUAACGAAAACAGCUGCUCAUCACUGUCCCCACCUGAGGAGAAGAAAACUACUGUCUGGUCCUGUGCCCAAUUAGCCUACAUCUAUGCCCUGGUGGCUUUUGUGAACGCCCUCACCAAUGGAAUCCUCCCUUCUGUUCAUACUUACUCCAGCCUGUCCUAUGGUCCUAAGGCUUACCACUUGUCUUCAGUGCUUGGUGCUAUAAGCCACCCCCUAGUUUACCUCCUGUCUAUGUUCCUACCCGAGAUGUCUCUCUCUUGGCUGGGGAUCACCACACUGGUGGGCACUGGUUUUGGAGCCUACAACAUGGCCAUGGCUGUCCUGAGUCCCUGCCCUCUGCUGAAGGACUCCCACUGGGGAGAAGCCAUCAUUGUUAUCUCUUGGGUGCUUAAUGGCGCCAUCCUGAGCUACGUGAAAGUGAUGACUGGGGUGCACCUGCGGAAGUUAAACCAGAGCGCCCUCCUGUGGUGUGGUGCAGCAAUACAGGCAGGCUCUGCAUUUGGGGCGAUACUCAUGUUUCCUCUUGUCAAUGUGUUUUACCUUUUUAAAUCCUCAAAUGGAAGCAGUCAGCAGUGUCCCAGCUAA